CACGCAAUUGUCACAUCGUAGCGGAUUCUGCCUUCUCCUAUGUGUCACCAUGGCUCUCUAACCGUGCAAACGCACAGAACAAGUGUGAACCAGCACUUGUGCUGCACCAACAGAACCACUGCAACUAUGGAGUCAUUUACCUCCCGCUCUGCACCUUCCGCUGCAAUUUCCAGCAGGAAUCGUGCCUCCUACAAUCGUGCCUCCUACAAUCUCUCAAUCAUCUCUGGUGUGAAAAUAGAACCUUCUGGUAGAAAUGUCUCUUAUGGCAGCCAUGAACUUCGACCUGGAGAUGUCUAUGUUGCCAGUUAGCACACUGCACUGGCGGGCGGAUCUCCUUAAGAUCCCUGCUCAUGGAAAUCCCUAUGAACAUCCCUCCUUGCCCAUGGAUGAUGGGGUGAACAUGCCUGGGGCUGAAGCAGGAUGCCUGGCAGGUGAUGGAUUCACAGACUGGAUGACGGAAAGGGUUGAUUUUUCCUGUUACCAUCCUGUGUCAGUGGAUCCAUCUUUGCCAGGUCCUUCAGCCCCUGAUUUGGAGAUCAUGGCUACUCUUCUAAAGAAGGAGUUGGAGCAGAUGGAAGAUUACUUCCUGGAGGAGACCCUUUCUCCAACACAACCAAUGCCUCCUGAUCAAGUGGCCCCUUGCACCCCUCCAUCACAUGAAGUGCAUUUCCUCUUCCCAACACCAGACCAUCAGUUCUGUGGAAGUGAAGUAGAGUUUCAGGGCUACGUUGAAGAAGAAAACCCACCACCCGCUCCAGCCUCCAUGGGAACCCUGGAUUCUGGGUGCCUGGAGCUCUUGAAUCUCUACUCUGAUGUUCCUAGUGAUUUCCAUAGAGAACAGCUGCAGGAUCUGUCCUUGAUAAAAGACACCACUGACCCGCCAGAAUUCUUAAAACAACUGAACAGGCCUACACCAUAUGACCGCCCAAGCUCCAGCUGUAAUGUCUCAACCCAUCAAAAAGGUGACCGCAAACAGAAGAAGAGAGACCAGAAUAAGACAGCGGCACUAAGAUAUCGGCAGAGAAAAAGAGCCGAAUAUGAUGCACUGGAUGAUGAGUGCCAGAGCCUGGAGGUCAGAAACAGAGAGCUGAAAGAAAAAUCAGAUUCCAUCGAAAGAGAAAUUCAAUAUGUAAAGGACCUACUCAUUGAGGUCUACAAGGCCAGGAGUCAGAGACUCCGCAGUAAUUAGAGCUCUGUAACGAUAGGUGUAUCACAUUGUAGGAUUAUUGGGAUAGGUAAAAACUUGUUAUGUGGCCUGUAGGACAUGGGGAGAUUCUCAGCAUUUUGUGCACCAGAUUAAAAAUGCUGCAUCAAAAUGCCUAACAUCCCCCUCUUCCUUUUGUAGUAGUAAUCACAUAGAAGCACUGGCACGUUUCACAAGAUUUUUCCCUGGAUAAACGCUGCCGGAUAGUUAAUAAGUAGCUUUGAACAGACUUGUGUUGGGCGCUCCUGUGAAUUGUUUUUGAUUUUUGUAUAAUUUAGAGUUAGGAGUUCUGCUCCCACAUAUUUAUAAUCUAAGAUUUUGGCCCUCAUUUACCAAAGUACUAAUUUAAAUUCAAAGUACUUUUUUAAUUACAGAAUUUUUACACUAGGCCAUGGGUAUCUUAUAACUGCCCCUUUUCUCCAAUGCUCAUAUAUAAAAUAUAUAAUAUAUAAGAUUUUCCAACAUUAUAGAAUAUAUUUAAGGCACCUUGUUUCUGUGAUCUGUAAGCCACAUAUGUUUAUUUAAGUACCCUGUGUUCAAAAAUUGCCUCCCUGUAGUUAUUAAUGCAUAGGUGCAGCACAGCUUAGUGGGUAGCUUUUGCAGCACCCGAGUUCAAUCCCAGCCAAAGAACUAUCUACAAAGGGUUUGUAUGUUCUUCCUGUGUCUGCGUGAGUUUCCCCCAGGUACUCUGUCUUUUUUUCCACACUCUAAACACAGGCAGGUUAACUGGCUCCUAAUAAAAUUAUGUAUGAUUCUGCUAGUUACCUUAGCUUGUAAGCUCCACUGGUGCAGGGGCUGAUAUGAAUAAUGUAUAUGUUUCUCUGUAAAAGCACUGCAGAAAUGUGUUAGUGCUGUAUAAAUACCAGUAAAUAAAUAAAUACAUAAUGUGACAUUUCUCAUUACAGGGUACCGAGGAGUAUAACCAAGACAGCAGAAAGAUAUGAAUCUGAAUUAUUAUUGUAGAUAUAUCCCAUGUUGGCAGCAGUGUAGCCAUCAAGGGUGAGCAAGCUUUGAGUAGUGGAAUACUAAUUUAGCUGAGGAUUCGGGUAGCUACUUUUAAUAUAGAUUUACAAAUAAUGUGUGUGUGGUUUUUUUUUAAUUUUGGCAUGCAUUUUCACUAUUUAUAAUCAGUCAAAUAAAUAUUUCUGAAAAUAAA